CCAACCCCUCCUCCCAGCCGGCUGGCGGGGAGGCAGCCGGAGCUGUUGUGGCAUCUCCCCCAGCUGCCGCAUAAACAAGAGCGGUCCAGGCCUGGAGCUGCUCGCUGCCGGCCAGCCGUUCUCCUGCUGCCCCUUCCCCGCUGCCCCGGCUCGGGCUGUGUGGUGUGUCCUGGCCCGGGGGCUGCUCGCCACGGCCGGGAGCAGAAGGGCUGGGAGGACUGCUGACUCACUCCCAGCCUCCUCGGCCGCGAGGAUCCCGUCCGCCUGGCUCACGGAUUAGCUCCUACCGACCGAUUUACUGCUCCGUGAAAUCCUUCUGGAACAGAGGCUCGGGGAGUGGAGCCGUGGCCUGCGGGUGCGCGCCACGUGCGGCUGCGGGGCGCCUGGGGAAAGACCCCGCGUGGGCGGAGAGACCCUGGGGAAAGACCCCAUAACGAGGAGCGUGUUCUAGCUUGAGGCGAGAAGAGUUUUGCCUGCUAAAGCUCGGCAAAGCCUGUCUCCGUGGACGUGGACAGCCGAGUGGAUCAAAGGCCAGCACCCUGCACCCUGCACCCAGCUCCGCACGGACGCCUCGGUGCCUUCCCGGCUCUCUGGUUAACAGGGCGCUCGGCGCCAGCAGCACCCAGGCCAUGACCAGCCGAGGAGCCGCCAGGCCAAACGGGCAGUCCCAAGCCAGUAAAAUCUGUCAGUUCAAGCUGGUGCUGCUGGGCGAGUCGGCGGUGGGGAAAUCCAGCCUGGUGCUGCGCUUCGUCAAGGGCCAGUUCCACGAGUACCAGGAGAGCACCAUCGGCGCGGCGUUCCUUACACAGUCCGUCUGCCUGGAUGACACAACGGUAAAGUUUGAGAUCUGGGAUACGGCCGGCCAGGAGAGAUACCACAGUCUGGCCCCGAUGUACUACCGGGGGGCACAAGCUGCCAUCGUGGUCUAUGAUAUCACCAACCAGGAAACAUUUGCACGGGCGAAGACAUGGGUGAAGGAGCUGCAGAGACAAGCCAGCCCCAGCAUCGUGAUUGCCCUCGCGGGCAACAAGGCUGACCUGGCCAGCAAACGCAUGGUGGAAUAUGAAGAAGCGCAGGCCUACGCAGAUGACAACAGCCUAUUGUUCAUGGAGACGUCGGCCAAGACGGCGAUGAAUGUGAACGACCUCUUCUUGGCCAUUGCCAAGAAGCUGCCAAAGAGCGAGCCCCAGAGCACGAGCGGAGCGGCGGGCAGGAGCAGAGGCGUGGACCUGCACGAGCAGAGCCAGCAGAACAAGAGCCAGUGUUGUAGCAACUAAAGGGCGGCCUCCGCCAGCGCCCGCGCGAGAGGAAGAGCUAAGAUAUAACCUCCAUCCCCGUCCACCACACCUCACCUCCAUAACGGCACACCGAGAAACCCGUCUGAACCAAAACCCUCCCGAGAGCUCCCUCUAACUGCACUUUUUAAUGCUUCAAGACCACCACCAGACACCCGUUACCACCAUCCCGAAGGCAGUGGAACUAGAUCAGCCGGGGACUUAACUUCCAAACAAACAAACUCUUCUUCACUUUGUAUUAUAGGUGCAAAUAGCGACCUAAUAUUCUGAUUUCUCCCUCCAUCUUCCUCCCUCUCCCACCUCCCUCUCUGCUUUGGUAAAUCUGGGUUCCCGUUAAUGUCUCUCCUUCCACCCUCCCCGUAGAGCUGGGGUGGGGAGAGACCCGAGGAGGUGGCAGCAUCGGCCUCAGAGGUUCACGUUGUGGCGAACCAGCUGGAACCAGAGACCUCCAGAAAGCACGGGAUUUUUCCAAGGGGGUCUGUCAUGGAUUUCUUUUUAAUUUUUUUUUUUUCCCCCCCCCUCCUGUUUUUUCUGUUUGGCUGUCGGGGGGGGGAGGAAAGCUGCAGUGUCCUUAAUUUCUUCCUAGGUGGCCUUUUUUUGCUGGAGGAUCAGAAGUGCCUGGGGGCUUUUUACAGGGGGAGGGGGGGAAUCGGGGGGAGCACUGAUUGCCGUGAAGCCACCACCGGCGACCCUUCCCCGCCACUCCACCUUCGCCCGUAGAGCCGUUGUGCGUCACCGCUGCGGCCGCCCCACGAGCCAUGUCCCUCCAGUGAUCCCGACGCAGUCGGGGUGCAAGCAGCCGCGCUGGCGGUGUCGAACCCGUCAAUCUCCUCUUGCUCCGUGGUUUGUCCCCGGGCCGGCGGCGGGCGAGGGAUGUCUCUGGUUUGCACUUUAGUCGUGGAAAUGUCCCAUUAAGAUGCACCUUGGUUUUGUAUUUUUCUUUCGGUCCCGUUGGGCCCAAGCCCUCGGGGGCGGUGGAGGGGGAAGGAGGCACCGUGCUGAUUUAGUUUUGCUUCUGCUUUCCCAAAGGAGCUUUUUUGGCUGGAGAAAUCCUCGGUCAUGGUGCGGCCACGCUCGGGAGAGUCAGGACGUUACCGGGCGCCAUCAGUCGAUUGGUCUCAGCAGUGGAGUGGAAGGGCCCCACAGAGACCCCCCCUCUCUCCGGGGAGGGGGGCAGAGAGGCAGGUAGCACCCCGGGUGAUGCACAGGCAACUCUGGUCAGGGUGCUGUGGGACAAAGGGACACCCCAAAGGGGGGACACCCCGAAGCGGCAGCAUGUCUGCGGAGGGCAGCACCGCCUGUGCCAUGGGUCCCAGCGCCGCAGCUGGUGUUUGUCUGGCCGAGGCUGGAUCCUGUCGCUCCCAGCACCUGCCCAGGAGCACCCCGCUCUGUCUGUGGGGCUUUGGGGUCAGGCCAGGCUUCCUCCCCCCCCUCUGCCCCCAUCCCGGGGGUCCUGCUUGCAGGGUGGGGGGCUCUGGGGAGCCCCCAGGGCCGUGGGUCAGCGUGGGACCUGUUUGCUCCUGGGGCUGUGGCUGUGGGGCGGAGGGACCCGUCUCAUAUGAAGCCUCCCCACUGGCCCCUGCUGUGGGGCAGCCCCCCCCCCACCCCCUUAAGGAGGGUCUGGCUUUACUUGCACCCCUUGGCAGAGUUGGUGCCACCAUGCCGCACCGGUGCUGGCAGAGCCUCGUGCUGCAGCAUGGGCAACGGUUGUGUCUUCUCUUGUGCUGGGGUCCGGCUGAUAGAGCCCCGCCACCGAAUCGGUGACUUGUAUUUAACCAGGGACCGUGCCUAGUGGGGCUGGGGACCCCAUUUCCCCCACCACGGUGACCCUAACCCUCCCGAGACCCCCCCCCCAGCCCAUGCCGGCAGCCCCACCUCUCCCCCCACCAUCUUCUGGCCAAAACCCUGGACCAAAUGGGGACACUGCAGCUUUUCUUACUCUUUUUUUUUUUUUUUUCUUCUUCUCUGAUAAUUAUUAUUAUUUUUUUUUUUUUUGGCUUUGAGAAAGCUCCUCCAUUGCAUUUAAAUAACAAUCAUGGUAACAGAAACUCAA